AGUGCUCUUGGACCGUUUUCCCGUAAAGUUGGCUCGAUAAUCGCAGAAAGAAUAUAAUUGCUAACGAAAUCACAAGUGCAAACAAUGGAAACCAGUGAUAUACUUAAUUGUGCUGUCAGAGUGAAAGAGGAGCCUAGCGAUGAACCUGAUCUACAAAACUUUCUACUCUCAUCGUUUCCGAGAGACAAUUCAACCCAUACUAUUCAAAAACGAGAAGUGAAUUAUGGAACCGAACUUGAUGACGAAGUGAAAAUUAUCGUCGAAUGUGAAGACGUCAAGCCCGAUUUUAAUCUAUUAGCAGUUAAUAAAAUUCAUGAUUAUUCGACAAACUACUUGCAGAAUGCAAAAGAUGGCAACAGUUAUAAAACUCGAAACUCAAUUAAAAUAAAAGCCGCGCAGGAAGUGAAACAAGAAUUUGUUGGCGAUGAUGCAGAGGAAUCGAAUAGGGAUUUCGAUUGUGAACUUGUUGAACCGAUUAAAAAACGAAAAAAGGCAAAAAACUUUAUCAAAGAACAUGGAAUACCGACUAAUACUAUGCAUAAUAAUUCAACCCAUGCAAGUGUAAUAUGCGGAAAGACAUUCCCAACAAAGCAAAAUCUCAAAGUCCACAUCGAUUCGGUACACAUUAGUACUAAACAUACCAGCAAUACACGUGGAAAGACAUUAACACGAAAAGGUAAUCUCAAAAUCCAUGAGGAUUCGGUGCAUAAAAAAAUAACUCAUACAUGCCAUUUAUGCGAAAAGAAAUUCUCAAGCAAGACGUAUCUCAAAGUUCACAUCGAUUCAAUACAUGAUGGUAUCAAAGCCUAA